UAACCUCAUUGAUUUAUCACAUUCCAAAAUUAUGAUAUUGCUAGAUGCCUUUAACUUUUUAUUAGUGUUUUGUUGUUGCAUAUUUUUAUCAUAUAUUUUUUUCUAUUUGAAUGCAGAUAGUGUGAAAUGGCUUGCAUGUACUGCAAAAGAUUUUUUGUGUGCAAUUUUUAUGACAAUAAUUUACAUCUUAAAAGCAUGGUUCAACUUUUUUUAUGCAUAUCAUAAAGAUUUAAAAAAUGAAAUUGUUCUUCUAACAGGAGCAUCUGGUGGUAUUGGGAAAUUAUUAGCAAAAAAGUUAGUACAAAAAGGUUGCAUUCUGAUUUUAAUAGAUAUAGACACUUUUGGCUUAGAAGAAGUUUCUCAGACUUUAAAUGAGACAUUUCAACAACAAGUGGCAUAUCCCUUUAAAUGCGAUAUCUCAAACUAUGAUGAGAUUUGUUUAAUUAAAAAAAAAAUAGUUGAAACAAUUGGUAACCCAACAAUUAUCAUUAAUAAUGCUGGUGUUGUAGCUGGAAAGUAUUUUUUUGAUUUAAAACCAAAAGAAAUUCAAAAAACAUUUGAAGUGAAUAUUCUUUCACACUUUUGGGUUGUGCAACUAUUUUUGCCUCAUAUGCUAGAGAUGAAUCAUGGGCAUAUUGUAAGUGUUGCUUCCAUUUUAGGACUAGAUUCUUUUGCUGGAGUUUCAGAAUAUGGUGCUUCAAAAGCUGCAGCUGUAAAUUUUAUGAAAUCAUUGAGACAAGAACUUCGGUUGAUAAACAAAAAUGGUGUCCAUUGUACAACUGUUCUUCCAUUUCAUACUUCAACAGAUAUGUUUAAAGGGUUUGGUUCACGUUUUAAAAAUUUUUUUCUUCUAAAGGUGCUAGAUCCAGACUAUGUAGCUGAGCGAAUUAUUGAUGCAGUUGAAAGAAAUCAAACAACUUUGUAUAUACCAAAAAUCCUUUAUGUCAUAAUUACCCUUCUAUCCGUUCUCCCAGAUAAUUCUUAUGAUGUAAUUGCUGAUUUUUUUAAAGUUAAUCAUUCAAUGCAAUCUUUCCUUGGAAAGAAGGUUUUGUGAUUGUUAUUUACAUAGUUAUUAAUGAUAACUUUUCAACAAAAAUCAGGUUUCGCGGUUCGGGAAUCCUGUUUUUGCAAUGACUAAGUGUAAGAUUUUGUGUAAAAAUGAAUUAGGCUGACAUUGCGCUCUAGGAUUAUAUUUUGUCAAUAUUCAACCGUAAGAAGAUUGCAUGUUGGUUAAAGCGUUAUUCUAGUAUAAUUUCCUAGGUAUCACCUUAAUAAUUUUUGUUUCAUCUUCGCAUCGCCGUUACGCAGUUACUAAGCUAGCAAUUUAAUUUAACUUGAAGCGAUUUGCUUUGAAUUUUUUUUUUUGGAAAUCUAUAGCCACCGGCUAUACUUGUUGAUUGCUAGUACAUCGAUUUCCUUUUUUUGUCCGCGGCUCUUGCUUUCCAAAAUAAAAUUUUCUAAAUAAUCAAAGAACACAGUACAACAAUUUCAUUUCAAUUUGAUCGAAGAGUGGUUGGGUUUUAAUAAUUGUUCUAAAAGUAAUCCAACGCACCAAGUUAAACAGGAAGUGAAAAAGUCCUGAAAAUUUUAUUUGUAAAUAAACAUUUUAAUACAAAUUACUACUUUUGUUAUUAAAUUAUUUAAUUAUA